AUGGAGCAAACAACUUUAUUGUCAUCAAAUAGUAAUACUAUUGAUGGACUUUUAACACAGGAUUAUAUUGUUGGUGUAAUUUAUGAUAAAGUAAAAGAUGUAUAUUUAAUGAUCAAUUAUCGACAACGCGGUGGUCUAUGGUUUCCAUUUAGUGAACGUCGUAAUAAUGAAACAUCAUUUCAAACAAUUAAGCGUCUAAUUGAUCCAAUUAUUAUUCAUGAUUCUGAACAAAUACAACUUGUUAAAGUUUGUUCAACCAAAACACUUCCGUUCAAAGGUCAUGAUGUUCUUUUUUAUGCUAUUGUACCUAAAUCAACUACUGUAAUUAAUAUAUGGUUAAAUGGAAAAAUUGAUGGAAUUGAUUUUGAACGACAAAUAAACACUUUACAAGCUAAUGUUAUUGUUUGGUUAACAACAAUUCAAUUAAAACAUAUAAGUAAAUUAUCACGAUUAUUAGGCAUAGAACCAUUAUCAUUAAAUAAACAAUUUAAAGAUAUAUUUCAUUCAACAAUAAAAUCAAACAAUAUAAAUAAUACUGUUAUAUUUGAAGAAGUUAAAAUUCCACAAAUUGAAACAAUAUCAAAAAUUUCACAUAAUAAUGCUGCUGAAACAUUACUUAUAUCAGCUAAAUUUACAUCAACUAUUCAAGAAAAACUUUAUGAAGAAUAUCAUAAUGCUGUAUUACCAUCUGAUUAUCUUAACAUAGAAACAUUCAAACAAUUAAUUUUAUGUAAAGGUUUGGAUUCUCAACAUAUUACCGAUUAUUUUCGUGCAUUUGAUUCAACACAACGAAAUUAUUUGACAUAUCUUGAUUAUUUACUUGGAUUAGCUGCACUUGAUCCAAAUACACAACAUGGUGGUGUACCAGCUGAACAACGCUGUCGUUAUAUAUUUCGCUAUUAUAAUAUAAAUAAUAAUCAACGUAUGACAUUUGAAGAGUUUAAAUUAAUGAUUAAAGAUAUCCAUAAAAAUAAAGGUGAAAAUUUAUCCAGUGAUGCAUUAAAUGAUGAAGCUUUACAAAUGUUUCGUUCAUUUGGAUUACGAUCAUCGGAUCAAACAUUAAGUUUAAUGGAUUUUUUAUCAGGUGUUGGUCAACUUCGAUUUCGUGGUACAUCGGUUUUAUUUCGAUUAAAUAUGCCUAUAAAUGAGUUUUUUCAACGGUCAUCAUCAUCAUUAACACCUAGUACAUUAAUAAUACCACCUUCAACUUCAAAUAUAAUAACGUCAUAUCGAACGUUAAGUACAAAAACAAUGACACGACGAUCAAGUACACAACAACAAAUAUCAAAUAUGUCCAUUGAUGAAUCUCAUCCAUAUGAAAUUGCCACGCAUAUUAUUAAAGUAAAAAAGACUGGUGUUGUUGUUAAUAUAACAUCAUUAUAUGAUUUGGACGUAGCAGGAGCUAUUAGUGGUAGUACAGCUUUGUUUUUUGAUGAUGAUAAUGGAAAAUUUGAUCGGAUAAAUAGUCAAAAUUGUUUUAAUCAACGUACUCAUGCAAAUGAAAUGCUUCAUGGAUUACGUUAUUUUGAACGUGGAGCUAAAGAAGAGAUAUCUAUUAUUUUUAAUAUCUUAGGUGAUUAUGUUGAUCGAGGACAAGAAGGUAUUGAAGUUGUUGCUUAUCUUUUUGCUCAGAAAGUUCUAUGUCCACAUAAAGUUUAUCUUUUACGUGGUAAUCAUGAAUUACGUAAUGUUCAAGAUAUGUUUCAAUUCCAUGGUGAAUGUCGUCGAAAAUUUGGUAUAGAUCUUGGUGAACAAGUUUGGGAAGAAAUUAAUCGAUGCUUUGAUGCCAUGCCUAUAUGUGCUCUUGUUGAUAAUCGUAUUUUAUGUGUUCAUGGUGGUAUACCAUCAUUAGAUAUAAAAAGUGAUUUUUUAAAAUUAGUUUCACAAAUUCCAUGUCCAUUACGUGAUCCAGAAAAUGAAUCACCACUUGCUUGGGAACUUUUAUGGAAUGAUCCAUUAUCAAAUGAAAUGCGUGAUUUAGAUAAUACAAAUAAUGACUUUACUUUAAAUGUUCGCCGAGGAACAGGAUUUUUCUUUUCAUCAAAAGCUUUAAAUGAUUUUCUUUAUCAAAAUUCAUUAUCUUAUGUUGUACGUGCACAUGAAGUUCAACAGCAAGGUUUUAAAGUUCAACUUAAUGGUCGAUUAUUAACAGUCUUUUCAUCUAGUCAUUAUUGUGGUGGUGAAAAUGAGGCUGCAACAGUUUUAUGUGAUUCAAAUAAACUUCGCCUCAUUCGAUUAGAUACAAGCAGUUAA